AUGGAUGGCGACUUAGUCUACGCUCGGUUCUUCGCAGAUUUCGGGCCCUUGCACUUGUCGCGAACCGUGCGCUUCUGUCGCGACUUGGAAUCGCGCUUGGACUUGAAAAACUCAGUGGGAAGAAGUGGAAGGCGACUGGUGCUCUACUGCAGCGAUCACCCUCACAAGCGCGCGAACGCGAUGACACUGCUCGCGAUCUUCUUGGUCUUGGCCCGAGGGUUCUCGCCUGAGCUUGCUGUGACCCGAGUGUUGAAGGACGGCAAACUGCAGCCUCCAUUCGGCUUUCGAGACGCUUCUUGCGGAGUGUGCACAUUCUUCAUCACCUUGCUGGACUGCGCUCGAGCGGUGCACAAGGCGGUAUUGAAGUCGCUGUGGAGCUACCAGAGCUUUAACAUUGACGAGUACGACCACCUCGACCGUCUGGAGAACGGCGACAUCAACUGGAUCGUGCCUGGAAAGCUGAUCGCCUUCAGCGGCCCGCAGCGUGAGCGCAUCGUCCUGGACGCCGAGUCCGGCGCGUCCACACUGCUCGCUCGAGACUACGCUGCGCUCUUCCGGACAUUAGGAGUUACCUGCGUGAUCCGCUUCAACGAGGCCACCACGUACGAACGAAAGGCCUUCAUCCACGCCGGUCUGCGCCAUAUCGAUCUCCCAUUCCCUGAUGGUAGCAACCCCAGCGACGACAUCCUCCACAAGUUCAUCCGCGUGUGCGAGCGUGAGACUGGUGCUGUGGCCGUCCAUUGCAAGGCCGGCCUUGGACGCACAGGAACCGCCAUCGCUGCGUUCCUCAUGACGAACUACCGCUUGUCAGCCACGGAGGCCAUCGCUUGGUGCCGGAUCUGCCGGCCAGGGAGCAUCGUCGGCCCCCAGCAGCACUUCCUCGCCGUUAAACAGCCCGAACUCCACGCACUCCCCCACAACGUCAGUCCAAGAAGAGCUCCAUGCCUACCAAACUCGAGCGCCUUCCACGCCAUCACCAGCCGAGAGCGCACGUAA